AUGACCGAUCCAACUGCAACAACGAAGCAACCCAAUGUGAUCAAGCGAUUAUGGAAGAAAACCGGCCUGACUCCCUUUUUCAUCGUGCUCGCUUGCAAAGGGGCUUUACCGUCGACCAUUGCCCUGGCAGCAUACGAAGCAACGGGGUGGGCCGACACCUACACAACUCUUGGCUAUCUUGUUGCCAUCAUCAGCCAUUUGAGCUUGGCUAUUCAACCGAGGGCAAAGUUCCUACAGUCUUUGUUCACCAGCUUAAUUUUCACCUGCACGGGAGCCGCAUUGGCUCUGCUCGAGAUACAAUGUGUCGUCGCCGCGCGUAGGCGUCCACAUGCACCUCCGAGCACUGGCGGAUCUGGCUCGCCUGAAACACCAACGUACAAUGCAGCGGCAUGUGCCGUGGCCGGAACGUGGUUGUUUGUCUGGGUCUUCAUCGCCAACUCUGUGAAAGCAGCUAGGCCUCAACUCAUGCUUCCUGUGAUCCAAUCUGUCAUAUUCGUGGUUGUCGCUUCGGUGUAUGCCCCCUCUUUCCCAAGUAUGGAGGCUGGAGAGAGCUUCGUGCGCCGGCUCUUGAUCACAUUUCUCACUGGGUAUGCUGUCGCUACGGGCGUCUCGCUGUUUGUCCUUCCAAUCACAUCCAGAGCUAGCGUCACCAAGCAGCUGGGUGGCUUCACCGGGCUUCUCAAGGCUUGUAUUGCUGCCCACGGAAAUUACAUGAAAGCGAUCCACAACUCCACCGGUUCCAAGGGAGAAGCAAGUGCCGAAGAGACGAAUGCCGCAGAGGCGUUGAAGGCAACCAUCAUGAAGAGCAACGAGCUUCUUGGCAAGAUCAAACUGGAGAUCGGCUUUGCUCGGAAGGAAUUGGCGUACGGCAAGCUCUCGCCGCAUCACUUCUCCGAAAUAUACAGCCUGAUCCGAAAGGUCUACUUGCCGGUCAUUGGUAUGACUACAUUCCUUGAGAUUGUCACGGCGCUCCGAGAACAUCGCGCAACAAUCUCUGAUGUACCUGACGUCAAGGAGGCGAUGGAGGCUGCACGUAAGCUGGAGUCUGAAGAAUGGGAGGAAGUGGUUACCAUCUCUCAGGAAGCCUACGCUGGAUACCAAACAGCACUCUUCUCGGGUCUGCAGCAUGUUGCUUAUCAACUCGAGCUGGAAAAGCGCCCGAAAACCGUUGCGGACGUGGAAAAGGCUGCCGAGUCCUCGGUUCGGCCGGGGGACAGGGGGUUCGCGAUGCACCUCGAAACCGAACUGCUCAAGUACGAGGAUCUACGCAUCGGAAUAAUACAAGAAUGGGCUACCGGCAAAGGGUUGGCGCUCCCGAAGCACUUCUGGCGCAACGUCACCGAUCAGCCUCAAUUACAUCGUCAGACCACUGCUAUCGUCCGGGAGCGCCUCAAUCAGCAUCAGCUCUAUAUGAUCCUUUACAUGAACUUCCUAAAUUUCAGCGUGGGCAAGGCACUGCUGGAGCUCGCCAAGUAUGCUGAUGGCUUGGUCGAAGAUGGUACAAUGGCUCGCAGACGCAUUAUCAAUCCAGGCUUUCGGCGCAUUCAUAAGCUAUUCAUGGAUGCACUUACACAGUCUAGUAUUGAUGAGACUCUCUCUGCUGGCGUCAAUGGUGGAAGCAAUAUCUACAUGGGUGACGCACUCAACAAAAAGAAAGACCCCGAGCAUCUCCCGCCAACUAAUGCGUACGAGAAAGCAACAGACUUCUUACGGCGUGUACCAGCAUUCUUCCAGUCUAGAUGCGCAGCCUUUGGUUUUCGCGCUGCGUUGGCAACAAUGUCCAUCGCGAUCAUCGCCUACUUGCGACGGACACACCCUUUCUUCUUGGAGCAGCGCGGCAUGUGGGCACUGAUCAUGGUGGCCAUCAGCAUGGACCCAUUCGCUGGUCAAGGAUUAUUCGGUUUCGCGGGCCGCGUCGCUGGGACAACCUUCGCUAUGGUCGCCUCCAUCGUCAUAUGGUACAUGUGCGACCACAAGCACGCCGCGAUCAUCCCCAUCUUCUGGCUCUACAUGUCUGGGUGGAUGCUUUUCAUCAUCAAGCUGCCCCAAUUCGCAGUCAUUGGCAUGAUCUCGAGCGUCACAGUUGUCUUAAUCAUAGGCUACGAACUGCAAGUCGAUGUCAUUGGAAGGCGGCUCGCAACAUCUAACGGACAAGCAUACUACCCUGUAGAGCUCCUGGCCGUAUAUCGACUUGCCACUGUUGGUGCUGGCCUGUUUGUGGCGUGGAUCUGGACGUACUUUCCAUUUCCGAUUACUACCCACGGCGCAUUACGGCGGAAUGUAGGCGAUACGCUCUACAUACUUGCCAACUUCUACAGUUGUGUGCAUUCGACUCUAGACGUCCGGCUGCACUUGGGACACGGUAUUCACGAUCUGCCGAAGGGACAUCCUGUGUACGAAUUGGACUCUGCAAGAAACAAGGUAUUCGGAAAAGUUCUACUGAUGCUGAACCAGCUCAGAGUGCACUUGAAGUUCAGCAAGAUUGAGCCGACCUUUGGAGGCAAAUUCCCACGGGACAAGUACGCCGAGUUGGUGGACAGCUUGCAGAACGUCUUCUCCUACUUCGCCCUUCUAGUCUACUCAUCUAACGCAUUCAUUGACUCCGGAGGAGACAGAGAUGUCCUCCGCGAUGCCACCGUGGGAACUUCUCAGUUGAAUGGCAAUGCGCUGAGUACUACCGCAAAUGAAGAUGCUAGUGAUGUUGACGAGAAGAAAGACAACAUCAACUACCCCAGGCAGCGACUCACCAAGGAAGAGGAAGAACGCUGGCUCGUCAACUUCCGCGCCUUCGUGGCCGACGCUCACCAGCGCGUAACUUCGCACGAGAUCACCAAGACGCUCUGCUUGCUCUCCAGCGCCAUCCGCAGCUCACAGCCGCUACCGCCAUAUCUCCUUCCGCCUCGACCUGUUGCACAGUCUAUGAAGGAGUAUGAAGAACCCAACACCGAUGCCGCAGCUGCCGAAAAGAGGAAGCAGAGGCGCGAAGCACAAGAGCAGGACUUACUUGGCAUAGAGAACUUUGCUCACCCGGCCUACGCAGCGUUUGCGGUGGGCGAAGUGGCAAGCGCGUUUGUGACGGCGGAGCUGGGGAAGAUUGUGAGGAUCAUUCGGGAGUUGGUUGGUGAGGUCGACUUUAGCUUUCAUGUUCAUUCUACGGAGGGGCCAACAGGGUUGAAGAGAGGGACGACUGGAGAUGAGAAGUGGUGGGAGGUGUUGGUUGAAGAGCUUCAGGGAACGAAUGGGAAGACGAAAACGAAAGGAGAGUAG